AUGAGUUCCAGCAAGGAUCCACAAUCUCAAAUCCCCGCCAACAGCAGAGGCUCUUGGUCAAGCUUCCUCAAGUCCAUCGCUUCUUUCAACGGCGACCUAUCCUCCUUGACCGCUCCACCAUUCAUUCUAUCCUCCACCUCUCUGGUGGAAUAUUCGGCCUACUGGGCCGAACAUCCCAAGCUCUUCGUAGCCCCAGCCCAAGAACCUGACCCGGAGAAGAGAGCGCUGGCGGUGUUGAAGUGGUUUCUCAGCACUCUCCACCAGCAGUAUUGCAGCCGCAGCGAGAAACUGGGCAGUGAGAAGAAACCCUUGAAUCCCUUUCUGGGAGAGCUCUUUAUCGGUAAAUGGGAUGGCGACGCCCACGUGGGAGAGACCUCCCUGAUCAGUGAACAAGUCAGCCAUCACCCCCCUGCCACGGCCUACGCAAUCCGGAAUGAGAAACAUGGAGUGGAGCUACAAGGAUACAAUGCCCAGAAGGCGUCGUUUUCCAGUACCAUCCAGAUCAAACAGAUCGGACACGCGCUGUUGACUAUCACCCCUCCUUCUGCAGACAAGAACGAUCCCGACCAGCAAGAACAAUACCUGAUUACCCUCCCUCACCUGCACAUUGAAUCAUUAAUCUACGGCACGCCUUUUGUUGAACUCGAGAGGUCGACACGGAUUGUGAGCAGUACGGGCUACGUGGCCAAAAUCGACUAUUCCGGCAAAGGCUGGCUCAGCGGGAAGAAGAACACCUUCACUGCGAUCCUCUUCAAGGAAAGCGAGGGGGAGAAAUAUCCCCUGUACACCGCCGACGGACAGUGGUCGAGUAAGUUUACGAUCAAAAACGCCCGCACCAAGGAAGAGAUCGACAAAUACGUGGUGGAGGACUCGAAGACCACUCCCCUGCAGCUGGCCACGCUGGAGAGCCAAGACCUCUAUGAGAGCCGACGUGCAUGGCGUGACGUGGCCGUGGCCAUCGAACGGGGUGACAUGGAUGCCGUUUCCGUGGCCAAGGGUCGAAUCGAAAACGCUCAGCGGGAGCUUCGCAAGGUCGAAAAGGCCGAAGGCCGCGAAUGGGAACGGCGGUUCUUCCGACGCAUCGACGAGGGAGAGGACAGUGAUCGGUUCCAGUCUCUCGCGCAGGCGAUCGGCCUGACGUCCCUGGAAAGCGACAAGACGGGUGGCGUGUGGCGCUUCCACCCCGAGAAGGCCAUCGGUGCUCAAUCGCCAUACCACAGUGUCGGCCCGGAAGGACUAGGGUUGACCGAAUAG